AUGACCGCCUCGGCAGAUUCCUACCUCAUCCUGGGCGCCGGCGUCUUCGGCGCCUCCACGGCCCUGCACCUGAUCCGGGCCUAUCCCGACGCCAAUAUCACCCUCGUCGACCGCAACGCCUACGACGCCCCUAUACGCGUCGCCGCCUCGUGGGACUGGAACAAGGUCGUGCGUGCCGACUAUGUCGAUAUCGAGUAUAUGCGCCUCUGCCUCGAAGCCAAAAAGUAUUGGUCAGAGGACCCAAUCUGGAAGCCAUUCUACCAUGAAAGCGGCGUUUACUGGGUCUCGCCAAAUAACUUUGCAGAACAGAUGCAAGAGAACUAUAGGAAGCUCGGGGUAGACUCUGGGUUGUUCUCUUUCUCUGUCGAAGAAGCCAAGAAGCAGUAUGGCGGCAUCUUUGAGGACGCCGAUUUUACAGAUGUCAAGGAGGUUUUUGUGAACAAGAAUAGUGGAUGGGGUGAGGCGAAGGAGGCAUUGCAGAGGACGAUUGAGGAGGCUGUAAAGCUCGGGGUGAAAUAUGUCGAAGCUGAAGUUGAAAAGAUUGAAUUCGACGAACAGGGUGGUGCGACGGGUGUCAAAACGGCCGAGGGCGAGAGCAUUAUUGCUUCGCGGGUUAUCUUAUCCACCGGCGCUUACACAGCCAAGUUGCUUGCCGAUAGCGCGCCCGAGAGGAAGGACCUUCAUGCUGGUGACAGAUUCGUGGCGGCGGCUGUGACUGAAGGCUUUGCGCCUGUUUCGGGAGAGAAUGCAAAGAACCUUUACGACGGACCAGUUGGAAUUUCAGUGGUGCCCCCAUCAAGAGGUGCAAGCAACGGGAGUGUCCCCCAUUCAAAAGACAAGACCCUGAAAUUCUGGGGUCAGAUCAUUUUCAGAAAUACCCAGAUCCACGCAAACGGAAGCCUCAUAUCUGCGCCCCCUCCGGCUGUAGACUAUGCGCAGCUCGAGGUCCCAGAUGCUUUGAAAGAAGAUGUCGACUAUGCUGGGAAGAGUCUCUUUGGGAAAGCAAGCGCCACUUUCAAAAAUGAAAAUUAUCGCAUCUGCUGGGAGGCUGUCACGCCUGAUGAAGACUUUAUCAUCUCUCCACACUCUGCAAGCAAGAACCUCUACGUUGCCACUUGCGGAUCAUUUCACGGCUGGAAAUUCUUGCCCAUCUUGGGUAAGUAUGUUGUGCAGAUGCUCGACGGAUCUCUUGAGGAGACCUUGGCAAAGAAGUGGUCUUGGGACCGAUCCUUCCCGUUGCCCACUCACAGAGCUUGGCCUAGAAGAGAACUAAGCGACCUGAAGUGA